AUGAGUAGAGGAGUGAAGAAGCUGAUGCAGGAAAAGUUCCCCAACAUGAGCAAGUUUGAGGACAUCAGUGAGCUGCUGAUGAAGUAAGAGCCCUGGCUGUUGUUGUCCUAGCAGACGGCAGAGUAUCUCCUGCUGUACUUGAGGCUGGUCUAUCUGCAUAUGUUUGGGUUCUCAAUAUUGCUUAGAUUUGUAGCUGUUUCUAAUGUUUCAUAAUGUUAUUUGGGUGAUAAUACCAUGUCUAUGUUGGCUGCGAAGUGAUCUACCUACAAAGUCAUUCUGAGGCACCCUACUGUGUAGUGCAUGGUUGUUUACAUUUGGCCAGCUGUUAUGUGCUUUCUUACCCUGCUAACUUUCUUUCAGAGGGGCUAACCUUUCAGAAAGUGAAGCCGAGCAAGAUGGUGAUCACAACAUAACGGAACUGCCACAGAUCUACUCCGGGCGUGGUAACAUGGAGUCUCAACAGAGCGCUGUGAGACUGACUGAGGUGAUUACUAUGGUGCCUUAGAGUGGCUGAUCUUACUGAUAUUACAUUGUAACCAGUGUUUCAAUAGAAUUGUCUAUGCCUGUGUUGGCAGUGACUAUAAAUACUAGGUUUAUAGCAUCAGUUUGUCUUGUCAUUUUCUGUCCAUGGGAUGUACAUGAUGAAAAGAGACAGUGCCUUGCAAAAGUAUUCAUCCCCCUUGGCAUUUUUCCUAUUUUGUUGCAUUACAACCUGUAAUUUAAAUGGAUUUUAAUUUGGAUUUCAUGUAAUGGACAUACACAAAAUAGUCAAAAUUGGUGAAGUGAAAUGAAAAUAAUAACUUGUUUCAAGAAAUUCUAAAAAAUUAAUAACGGAAAAGUGGUGCGUGCAUAUGUAUUCACCCCCUUUGCUAUGAAGCCCCUAAAUAAGAUCUGGUGCAACCAAUUACCUUCAGAAGUAAAAUAACUACUUAAAUAAAGUCCACCUGUGUGCAACCUAAGUGUCACAUGAUCUGUCACAUGAUCUCAGGAUAUAUACACCUGUUCUGAAAGGCCCCAGAGUCUGUAACACCACCAAGCAAGCGGCACCAUGAAGACCAAGGAGCUCUCCAAACAGUUCAGGGACAAAGUUGUGGAGAAGUACAGAUCAGGGUUGGGUUAUAAAAAAAUAUCAAAAACGUUGAACAUCCCACGGAGCACCAUUAAAUCCAUAAUUAAAAAAUGGAAAGAAUAUGGCACCACAACAAACCUGCCAAGAGAGGGCCGCCCACCAAAACUCACGGACCAGGCAAGGAGGGCAUUAAUCAGAGAGGCAACAAAGAGACCAAAGAUAACCCUGAAGGAGCUGCAAAGCUCCACUGCGGAGAUUGGAGUAUCUGUCCAUAGGACCACUUUAAGCCGUACACUCCACAGAGAUGGGCUUUACAGAAGAGUGGCCGGAAAAAAGCCAUUGCUUAAAGAAAGAUAUAAGCAAACACGUUUGGUGUUCGCCAAAAGCCAUGUGGGAGACUCCCCAAACAAAUAGAAGAAGGUACUCUGGUCAGAUGAGACUCAAAUUGAGCUUUUUGGCCAUCAAGGAAAACGCUAUGUCUGGCGCAAACCCAACAUCUCUCAUCACCCCGGGGAACACCAUCCCGACAGUGAAUCAUGGUGGUGGCAGCAUCAUGCUGUGGGAAUGUUUUUCAUCGGCAGGGACUGGGAAACUAGUCAGAAUCGAAGGAAUGAUGGAUGGCGCUAAAUGCAGUGAAAUUCUUGAGGGAAACCUGUUUCAGUCUUCCAGAUAUGUGAGACUGGGACGGAGGUGGAGGGGGGGUGAAAAGCUAACUGGCCCUCCCUGUGAUAUUUCAACAACAAAAAAAUAAACGCUUACUGACACAUCCACCGAGAAUGGGUGUUUCUGUUGGUUGGUCAUGGUAAAAUGCUGAUGCAGGCCCUCUGAAUGUAUUAUCUGAAGUCGCCAAGACUGAGGAAGAGCUUCAGGAGAUCCUGAUCCGAAAAGAGGCGCAGAUGAAAGAAAAGCAGGAACGGAAGAAAAAACAAGAGCAGGAUGUUGCCCAAAAGAAAGCGUUACGGGAGGAGAACAAGUGAGUGUUAUAGCACAUUGUAACUGCUUUUCAGUCCACAUGAGUUGGAGUGGAACAGUGAUUGUUUCUGUAAUGUCAGAAAAAGAAACAUGGCAGGCAUCAAGAGGAAGCGCCAGGAGGAGGAAGACCCUGAAGUGGAGGAUCCUGGGAACCAGGAUAACAGGCCUCCGGUUGUUGAAUCUGACGAUGAGGCAGAGUACUACAGACAGGCUGUAGGGGAGGAGCCAGAUGAAGGUAUGUACUCUUUAAGUACUGAACCAUGUUUCUAUAGUUUGUUUUGUUGUACUAUAUUAUUGUGCUACUUUGGCAGACAAUCACCUUCUAUAUUAAUUUUUCUCCCUCCCCCAUCUAGAUAUGUUCCCUGCAGCCAAGAGGAGGCAAAGACCUGAAAGGCCCUCAGGCGGACCCUUCAAGAAGAGGAAACCGUUCUCUGGUGACGACAGUAAAAACAAAUAUGGUUCCAAGUCACCUCAUAGGUCUGGUCCAAGAGGGAAACCCAGAGACCGAAUGGGGGGUGACGGGGACAGGAAAGAGGGAAAGAAAUUUGGGGGUGGAGGCAAAUCUUUUGGAAAGAUGUCACCGGGGGGCAAGAGGUUUGGAGGGAAGAAAUUUGGGGAUGGGGACAAGCGGUUUGGAGCGAAAAAAUUCUGUGACGGAGAUAAGAGAUUUGGAGGGAAGAAGUUUGAGAGGGGAAAGACAUUUGGGGGAAAGAAAUUGGGGGUUAUAAGUUUAAGGGCAAACCUCGUCAUGGUGGUUUGA